UGUGUUUCUUGCUGUUUACUCAACUGAACCAGAUUUGGGUUUUCAAGUUCCAAGGAGCAGAGCAGUUCUUCCUGACGAACAGGAGCAGAGCAGCAACUCCCGUACACUGAUCAUAUUCAGCACAGGGAGCAGAGGAGCAACUCCUUACGGUACCUUCUUCCUCUUGACGAGAAGGAGCUCUGGCGGCAGCAUGGGCAGACAAGCAGCAGCAGCACCGGCGGUAGGGGAGAAGCAGCCGCAUGGGCUCGCGUGGAAGAUUGAGGAGGGCGCGCGGGCAGGGGAGAAGGAGGACGCGCGCGAGCUCCUGGUCCACCGGAUCGUGGAGGCAAUUUUCGGCGACGCCCGUAGGGGAUCGCGGCCGGGAUGGAUUGCGGCGGCGCACGCGCCGGAGCUCGAGGAGGAUGCACUGGAGCUUGAGGAGGAUGCGCUGGAGCUUGAGGAGGAUGCGCGGGAGCUCGAGGUGAACGCCCGCGAGCUCGAGGAGGACGUGGCCGGAGGUCCCGACGAUGCCCGUAGGUAAUCGAGGCGGGAGGGGAUCGCGGCGACGCAGGUCUGAGCGGGGCAGGCGGCGGAGCAGGUACUUGGCGACGGCGGCGGCGGAGCAGGUAGGUGGCGAGGGCGACGGAGCACUUCCUGAUGGGCGGCGAGUCGCGCAGCUGGGCGGCGCCGGCCCCUAUCGACGGCGGACGAAGAAGACAGGGGGCGGAGGGGCUUGGUUCAGACGGUUUUAAAACUACAAGGGCCUUUUUGCAAAAUCAACAAUGAACUGCGCCCGCGACAUGUUUUUUGGGACGGAG